UGUACGUGUGUCUUUUCCGCUUACCACGUGUGUGUUUGUAAUGGCUGUACAGUAGCAGUUCCGAUUUGUUUUGCAUUUGAAUUAACCCAAAAUUCCAAUUAAACGGCGAACUUGCAGUAAGAUCAUGGGGAAAUUAAAUGUUGUAAUCUUGAAGUAUCUUACCAGAGACGAUUUCCGGGUCCUCACUGCUGUUGAAAUGGGCAUGAAGAAUCAUGAAAUAGUCCCUGUGAGUCUCAUCGCUUCUAUUGCAAGUCUCAGGCACGGAGGAUGCAAUAAGAUACUGAGGGAACUCGUGAAACACAAGUUGGUGGUAUACGAACGCUCAAAAACCGUUCAGGGUUACCGUCUCAACUACGGAGGCUAUGAUUAUCUGGCUUUAAAAACCUUUUCUUCGCGAGAUGCUCUCACGUCUGUUGGAAACCAAAUGGGUGUGGGCAAAGAGUCAGAUAUCUACAUUGUUGCAAAUUCAGAAGGAGAGCAGCUUGCUCUGAAGCUUCACCGAUUGGGGCGGACGUCAUUCCGCAACCUUAAGAACAAGCGGGAUUACCACAAGCACAGGAACAAGAUGUCCUGGCUCUACCUGUCUCGCCUCUCCGCAAUGAAGGAGUUUGCCUACAUGAAGGCUUUGUAUGACAGAGGAUUUCCUGUCCCUAAACCAGUGGAUUACAACAGGCAUGCUGUUGUCAUGGAGCUCAUUAAUGGACAUCCUUUAUGUCAAGUUCGUAGCAUUGAAGAUCCAGCUGCCUUGUAUAGUGAGGUCAUGGAGCUGAUUGUGAAACUGGCCAAUCACGGACUGAUCCACGGAGAUUUCAACGAGUUCAACCUCAUGCUGGACGACAGAGACAAUGUCACCAUGAUCGACUUUCCCCAGAUGGUGUCUACUACCCAUCUGAAUGCCGAAUGGUAUUUCGACCGGGACGUGAAAUGCAUUCGCGAUUUCUUCAGCAGACGGUUCAAUUAUGAAAGUGAGCUGCAUCCCACGUUUAAAGACAUCAGGAGAGAGUGCUGUUUGGACGUAGAGAUCUCUGCUAGUGGCUUCACCAAAGACAUGCAGGAGGACGAUCAGCUUCUACAUCCGGCAGGCCCUGAGGAAGAGGAGGGACAGAGCGAGGAGGAGGAGGAUGAUGAGGAAGGCAGCACCCAGGCCUCAGAAGCGCAGGCUGCCCUGUCAGAGGGCGAUAUGGAGGAGUUCAGGCACGCCAUGCAGCAGCUGGAGGGGCUGAAGGUGGAGGACGUGGCCCGGUCCAGUCAGGGCAGCUCCGGGCCCGAAACUGCACAGUAUGACGGCAACCUCAGAACAGACCCAAAUGAACCAGAAACCGAGGCCCGUGAGACACAAGAACCAAAGGCCCAAGAACCACAGGAACCAGAGGAACCGCGGGCCGAUGAAGAGGAAGAGCCAGAGGCCCAUGAACCGCACGCACCAGAGGCCUGUGUUUACCCGGGGUUUGACCCGGAACGAGAGGAGGCAGACCAGUGUCCAGAAUUACUCAACCUCUCGGCUGCCAAUAAAGAUUUCAGGCCUUUCAGAGACCAGGAUAGCCUGCAUCACAUCAACGAACACAGGAGGAGAACCACCAGCGAAACAACCGUGGGGAGUGUGGGCAGCCUCUCUACCAUACCCCCGGAGCUGGUGAAGCAGAAGGUGAAGCGGCAGCUCACCAAGCAGCAGAAGUCGGCGCAGAGGCGGCGCCUGCAGAAGGGCGAGGCCAACCUGGUGACCAAGGCGAGGCGGGACAACAUGAGCAAUAUCAAAGGCAGCCUGGAGGCAGCCUCCUUCUGGGGCUAAAGAGGGCGGAGCCUGCUACGGACUGAUCGUUUCACACACCACUUACAGGAUGCUGCUUUUGUGCAUUAGCUCACUCAUUGUCUGUGAAAGUCAAUAAACUCAUUAAUUUUAUAA